GCAGUGUUCGCUCGGAAACGGUUGCCUGUGGUCUCGUGCAUGAGAAACGCUCUGUAUUAUGUCGUCACCUUCAUCAAAUUUGACAGUGAAGCGGCAGGCGGAGCCGUUAAGUGCAGGUGGCUACGGAGCGGGAUGUCAGCAGCCUACACCGACUAUGGAUUCCGCGUACGUCACACGCGCCAUCCACAAAGCUUUGGGCCAAAGUAUCUACCGUUUGCGACGGCGGCUUCCGCUUGAUAAAUAUACACCUUGCUUGCUAUCUUUCUUUUUUAUCGUUUGUCGAUGGCAUUUGUACGCUGUCCCUCUGAUGUCUAGCGCCCUUCGGCUACCACGCGGUGAUGCGACCGAGCGGUGAUAAGCGUCAGGGCGGUGCAGAAGCGAUAGCGACCACGUGCAUUCUACCGAGCCCCCUAGCGCAUAUGUCAGCGCGCCCAGGCUUGACGCUCGGUCCACGAACAAAGCCUAACGAUUUCUCGCGUCCGCUGUAGUAUGUAUGAGCGUGGUCGGCUUUCGGCCUGAAGCGGUCGAUGGACAUUUGGAUAGUUCGAGCCUCGUUUAGCACGCUUACCUUCUCAGGGACAAUCACACUGUGGCGAUGGAAUCCUGCUGGACCCGAUGCCUGCCGGAGUCCGUCAACAGGCAGCUGCUGCCGCUGAAGGCCCACUUCUUCCUAUACCUCGCAGGACAAGCAUGCGUGUACCCGUACCUGGCCGUGAUCGGGCGACAGAUAGGAAUCAACGCUGCCAUGAUCGCUGUCAUCUUCUCCCUAACGCCAUUGGCCGCCGUCAUCAUAAAGCCUCUGUGCGGAUUUGUCAUCGACCGGACGCAAAACGCCACCGCCGUCAUCGUCUUCCUUCAAACCAUCUUGGUCAUGUCCCAUGGGGUUGUUUUCUUCAGCCCCAGCAUCAAGGCCCACACCGAUAGUUCGUUCACAGGUUACCUAAACUGCAACUCUAGUCAGCUGAUGGUUUCAAACGCGAGUUCGGCCUCUUGCGUUGUCUCCGGAGCUCGCGAAAGCGCCCCGAUUUCCUGCAACCUAACAGUGAUUGAAGAUGACUAUUCAAUCAACGUCACGAGUGCUUCGGACACUCUGGUUAAUUUAAGUGACGUGUCCAAAAUAUGCGUCAAUCUGUCGGUUAAUGUCAGUGACACUUAUGCCGCCCUGCGUUGUCCAUGCGAUGCCACCCCGUACGAGGGCAAAUUCUGGAUCUACACCAUUUCGGUCGUCGUCGCUUGGGCGACCUCGGCAACACUGUACACCGUCACUGAUGCUGCCGUCUGCGAGCUGCUGGGUGACAACGUGAACGCUUUCGGGCGCCAGCGUCUCUGGGGCACCGUCAGUUGGGGCGUCGUGAGCCCUCUGAUAGGAUUCAUGAUCGACGAAGCCAGUGACUCAUCCUACACCGACUACAAACCGGGCUUCUAUCUAUUCGCGGCCGUCAUGGCUUUGGACAUAAUCCUCAUAUGCUGCAUGCCCCGCUUGCGUACGGCAGACUUGUCCGUGAACUUUCUCAGGGACAUCGCGAUCCUGUUCUGCGACGUCGAGAUCGUGCUGUUCACCGCGUGGACGUUCAUAGUAGGCGCCCUCAUGGGUGUCGUCUGGUCCUUCAGCACAUGGUACCUGGAAGACCUGCACGCCUCGAAGCUGAUGAUUGGCCUGACCAACACGGUGAUGAGCUUGUGCGUGGAGGUGCCGCUCUUCUUCAUCUCCAAGACAAUACUCGAGCGCGUCGGGUACUUCUUUUCUUACUCGGCGGCCUUGCUGGCGUUCUCAAUCAAGUUCAUCGGCUACUCGUACCUUGUCAACCCCUGGUACGGGCUCAUUGUGGAUAUCGCGGGCGGCGCCAUCUUUCCUCUUGCCUACUCUGCCAUGACUGUGUUCGCCAAGCGGGCCUCUACACCUGGGACGGCAGCUUCGAUGAUGUGCAUCUUGGGCUCGGCUUUCGAAGGUCUCGGCAUCGCCGCUGGAAACCUGCUGGGUGGAAUGAGCAUCGAUAAAAUCGGCGCCCGGUUGACAUUCCGUUACCUUGGCUACUCGUCUGCCGGUUGCGCAAUUUUUUGCACUCUGACCUACCUUUGUCUUCGGCACCUGGGCAGUGGCCGUUUAGGGGCUACUCCACGAUCGGAGAAGCUCGGCCUGACUGCCACCAAGGACCAGGAUGCGAUGAAGAACGGUAGCGCCCGCCUGUGCGCCAGUGCCGCCAACAACGAAUGCGCCGAACACACGUACUUCUGAGAAUUUCCCCGGUUGCUGCGCACUGCGCUACUCCGCAGCACAACUGCAAAGAGAUCUCCGACCGCUCAGUCAUGGCCCGCACAAGGACGUUCUUCGAGGACACUACAGAAACCUGCACUUACUCCGUGACAGUGUACCCUGCCAUACAUACCCACGGCUUCUUAGCUAUAGGGUGGCAUGUAGGCGUGAACCUCAGAACACUGCAUGCAGUGGUGUUUGUGUCACAUGUCUGUGCUUUUCAAGGCAUGCCUUACAAUGCUGACAAGUUUCGGCAUAAAGUACUAUGUGAAGAAGCAGUGCAUUAACGUUGUCGAUAGAACACUCUGUGCGAAGUGUCAGAAAUAUUGGUAGCUGCGGCUUGAGUCCGGCAUGGUCAUUUUCACUGUCUGAAAGUGCUUUUUUAUUUUUUUUAUUUCCUUUGAGUUCCGCGCGCAUAGAUUAGGGGCCACAAGUUCCAAGCAUCAACAUAUUUAAGGUUAACGGCAUGUAACAAGCGUUGUCUUUUCAUGGUUCGAUAUUCAUUUUAUAUUGUUUCAAUUGUAGUUCCUGAACAAUGGUGCUUCUCAGCAGAAGUUCAAUGAAACCGUCCUUUGAUAUAACUGAUAUACGCAAGAUAAAUGCACAAUCCGUUCAAGAAAUAGCUGUCGGCUUUGUUUGGCCUUACGUGCGCUCAUGAACGACGCCGCGCACGAUAUUUCCCUUGAUUAGCGUUGCCCAUCGCAGUGUUAUACUUCCCGAUUUCAUAUUUCAAAAGCCGCGCGUUUUCACAAAGCGCGCAGCUUCUGCCGGUAGCGAGUUUACGCGCUCUUUCAAGUAGCACAUGUAGCAGUUUGAAUUUUCCCGGCUGUAUUUCGCGUGGUUAAGCAGCCGGCGUUGUGUGAUCGUUAAACAUGCGAUGCGAUGACGCUUACGAAAAACGCAGAUAUAAGUAAAUGCCUUGAGCUCGUCUCGAUUCGUUUGUUAAUAUCAUUGCGCUUUUCGAUACUGCAGUACAGCUACCGUUCUAGACGGAGUAAUCUCAAAAAGAUGGAGAAAAAAAAAACUAUUGGCUUGGACAGAGAUGGUUCACAGGGUCUGAUAUCAGAAUCUCAUUUGUCCUCUCGCUUUUUUUUUAAUACCUGCACCUUUACAAAGACAACAGUAGUGCAUACGAUUUUUCUUAUCCUUUCAUAUUAGAGCACUUUAGUGCAUGGCUGCGUUUCCAAAUACGUCGCCUGGAACGCUGCACUUACAAUUAGUGUGCGGUUGAUUUGUGGUAGACCUGGUGUGUCACCCUCUUUACUCAUUUUGAUAGUGAGCUACAUAUAAAAAUGAAAAUGACCCAAGUCGGGUCGGGUCGUUCAUUAUGUUUUCGAGCUACAUACUGUUUCACUGGUUUUUGUUCUGCUCUUGACUGCGAAUAGCAGCUUUUGUUUUUGGUUCUACGACAGACACAUGUUUGGAUAUUUAGUUGACUCAAUUUUUAGUGCUCUUAUUUUGUUUUGCAGAUACGUAUUUGUGCUUUGUUUCGAGGCUUACAGGAGAUUCCUUUUUUCGCGCAUGUGCACUUGUUAGCGAAAGAAAGCCAUAUUGUCUCGCAUAAUUACUUCUUAGGUAGCACCGUUUUUUACAGUAUUGUUAACACAGUGAACUUAGCGACCACUCUCUACAAUUACGUUUAGUUUUUGUGUCACGAAGAAUUUUAUACCAUGUAUAUUUUCUUCCUUGUUUUGGUAUGAGUGUCGAAGAGAUUUUGCACUCAAUAAACAUUUUUUUUUC